GAGGUCACCCCUUGUCCUGUUUUUCUAAAACUGCCUUCUGCAGUCUCUGCUUUUCACCUUUGUUGUUAUAUCUCCAUUGUUUUUCCCACUCCCAUCAACUUCUCUGAAAAGAUUAGAAACUAAAAGAAGCAACUGUACAUUGUCCAAGAAAAUAUCUGCACCCAGCAAGGAUCGCUUAUAUGCAAAGUUCGUGAAGCUUAAUUAUCCGUAUCUGUUUGGUACUAUGUAUGUUAUAUAUAUUGCAUGUUGAUCUCCAUAUUAUCAUAUUGUAUUAUUGUUAGGUUCCUCCUCCACAUGCCCCAUCCUGUUCGUGCGGCAUAAAAUACUGUGAGAGACCUUGAGCCUCUAAAUGAUUGCCAAUGGAUUCAGUUGUUUCUUUUGCAUGUGAAGCUGCCGAUUCCGCAAGCAUAUACCAGCUCAUCUUCCUCAUCACGACCAAUAAUCCCAUCAUUGCAACGAACACCGAUUUUGGAUUUUCGCCUUCCAACUGCUUCUGAAACACGAUAGUCCUGUUUCUGAUAUGCUUCUGGCCCUACUCGAUUUCUUCUUGCAAACCCCAAAUCGUUGCUUGUGGGGGACAUUGCCGGCUACCUCUGGAUCUUGAUCUAGCUUCCGUGUUUUGGAAUCCACAACUUAACCACAUGAAGAAGCGAGCGGGAUCUUGAAGAGUCCUUCGUUCAAGUUCCUUGAACAACGAUCUAAUCAUCUUCAUUGAAGCGAGAAAAUAGGCAAGGAAAUGGACCACUUGAUAACUUUGUUAGUAGCCUUCGUCAUUGGGGCAACUUUCGUGAGUGUUGGUGCCGAGCCAGUGGAAGAUAAAAAAGCGUUGCUUGAUUUCUAUCGCAAUAUCGAUCAGUCUCAUCCUCUCAACUGGGAUGAGAAUUCUUCUGCAUGCAAAAGCUGGAGAGGGGUGUUCUGCAACAAAGAACAAUCCAGGGUCAUAGCUCUCCAUUUACCUGGAGCUGGGUUCAGUGGUCCGAUCCCAUCUAACACGCUUAGCCGUCUCUCAGAACUUCAUACCUUGAGUCUUAGAUCCAAUAGAAUAACGGGUCCUUUUCCUUCUGAUUUCUCUGAGCUUAAAAAUUUGAGUUACGUUUAUCUCCAAUUCAACAAGUUUUCCGGCCCAUUACCAUCGGAUUUUUCCGUUUGGAAUAAUCUUAAUGUUAUCGAUUUAUCCAAUAAUUCUUUUAAUGGAGGCAUCCCUUCUUCCAUUAGAAAAUUGACUCAUCUCACAACUCUAGUCUUAGCCAACAACUCGCUUUCCGGGGAAAUUCCUGACCUCGAUAUUCCUAGCCUAAAAGUGCUCAAUUUAGCGAACAACCACCUUAGUGGGGUUGUGCCUAAAUCCCUCGAGAGAUUUCCACGUUCAGCUUUUGCUGGUAACAACAAUCUUACAAAAGAAAAUUCACUUCCUCCUGCUAUUCCACUUCAACCACCGAAUGCUCCUCCGAAAAAGAAAACCACACUAAGCGAGCCCGCAUUAUUGGCUAUUAUCAUUGGCGGCUGUGUGCUAUUUUUUCUGGUGAUUGCAGUUCUCAUGCUUAUCCGCAGCUAUCAGAAAGGAAAUGAGGAAGUGCCAGCCGUGAAGUCAAAGAAAAAGGAAGACACUCUGAAAAAAGAAGCAUCUGAAACUGAAAGUCAAGACAAGAACAAGAUUGUGUUUUUUGAGGGUCGCCAUCUUGCCUUUGACCUGGAAGACCUGUUGAGAUCAUCUGCUGAGGUACUAGGAAAAGGAACCUUCGGAACAACAUAUAAGGCUGCUCUAGACGAUGUAACCACGGUGGUGGUGAAGAGAUUGAAAGAAGUAGUGGUCGGAAAACGUGAGUUUGAACAGCAGAUGGAGGUGGUGGGGAGGAUUAGGCAUGAUAAUGUGGCUCCACUGAGGGCAUAUUAUUAUUCCAAGGAAGAAAAACUUAUGGUGUAUGAUCACUUCGAAGAGGGUAGCGUUUCUGCAAUGUUGCAUGGUAGAAAAGCGGAAGGCAGGGCUUCUUUAGACUGGGAUAGCCGGCUGAGAAUUGCCAUUGGUGCAGCAAGAGGGAUGGCUCACAUCCACACAAAACAUGCAGGGAAACUAGUACAUGGGAACCUAAAAGCCUCAAACGUCUUCUUAAACUCUCAAGGAUAUGGUUGUGUGUCUGAUGCAGGUUUGACCACAUUAACAAGCUCAAUACCCUUCCCAGCACAGAGAACUGGAGGGUACCGGGCGCCGGAAGUAACAGACAUCAGAAAAGCGACCCACGCUGCUGAUGUAUACAGUUUUGGGGUGCUGGUGCUUGAGCUUCUCACUGGGAAAUCACCCAUACAUGCCACAGGGAGCGAGGAGUUGGUGCAUCUGGUUAGGUGGGUGAAUUCCGUGGUGAGAGAGGAGUGGACUGCGGAGGUGUUUGAUGUUGAGUUGCUGAGAUAUGCAAAUAUUGAGGAAGAAAUGGUAGAGAUGUUGCAGAUAGGGAUGGCUUGCGCGGUGAGGGUGCCAGAACGGAGACCAAAAAUGCAAGAUGUUGUGAGAAUGCUGGAGGAAGUUCGCAAAGUGAAUACUGGAACCCAAUCAUCCACUGAAGGUUCCACCCCGACCCCACAAGCAAUUAUUCAUGCACCUUCUUCAUCUGUUCCCCAACAAGAUUCCGUCGUUGUUUAGAUGUAUGAAAGUUUAAUUUCAUCUGCAAAGGUGAAAAAUGGUUGAUUGAUGUCCAGUGUCUCUUUAUAGUUGGCAAAUGGUUGCGUGUUAAAGCAGCCAAAUCUAGCUGGAAUCAUAGUCAAGGAGGUCAGCUGACGUACUCCAGCGACAUGAAAGAUUCUUUGUAUUUCUUCCACUUACCCGGUCUCUUGGCCAUUAUAAAUAGCCCUGUUAUUUUUGGAA